ACCACAUCCUGUCCAUACACUUCAAAGGACUUGUCCUCGCUGUCAGCAAACGCGAUACCAAGCACACAGAUCGAGAUCAUGGUGGUAGGGGAAGUGAAUGUCUAGUACUACAAGGAAACAGCCUUGCUGUGUUUAAAAUGUCCACCUCGCUUGUCCGCUGUUUCCUGCGUUGUUCUCUCUUGAUAUGGACGUUAUCAGUGGUGCUUCUGAAGUUGCCCACUGGACAGUGUUUGCAAGUCAUGAAUGGUGCUGUUGGGGAAUCAGCUGUUCUGUCAGGGACAAAUGACUCGGUCCGGGUAACAAAUCUGCAGUGGGUGAAAGGUAAAAUUAUCAUGCAAAGGCUUCAGGGAAAUAUAACUAUUUAUAACCAAACCUAUGAAGGGAGACUCACCCUGAGUGAGAAACACGGGUCUCUAACCAUCAACCCUCUGAUAAAAAGCGACAGUGGAGAAUAUACCUUUGAAUCCAUCCCACCGCCAUGGCCAACAGAGAGACAUGUGAUACAACUUAAUGUUUAUGACAGAAUCGUGUCCGUGGAGAUGGACCCGCAGGUGAGCUACAGCCCAGACAACAGCACCUGUACCGUGACUCUGAGCUGCACGGUGAAAGGCAGCGUGGUGGAGCUCUCCUGGUCUAAGGACCGUAAGAAGAUCCCUGAUACGGAGGGGAAGGAGACCCUGGUGGUGACUCCCACGGCUGGAGAGGAGCUCUAUUCCUGCACGGCCUCCAACCCUGUCAGCUCCCAGACCGCGAGUCUGAGGGUCUCCUCCUGUCAAACACACGUUUCCCUGGAUACCAGCAUAUAUGCGCUUGCUGGCACUGGAGCUCUGUUUGUGCUGGUAUUGGCGAUCAUAGGACGCAUCUUCCAAGUCAGAGCCAAGAGGAAAGUAACAAAAGAAAACACAGUGUAUGCUGAAGUCAACAAGCAGCAUAUCAGAGUAAAUAGGACACAGGACAUUGGCUCGAGACAGGCUUCACCAUCUGCAAAUAUAUCCACCUGCUAUGACGUUUUGCAAAGCACAUCCGAUAUUGGCUCUAGACAGGAAGCAACGUGUGGGGAUGCAUCUACCUGUUAUGAAUUAUUGAAAAGUCCAUCAGUCGUCCCCUCUGGAAUAUCGACGAUAUAUGAAACUGUGAAAUUUGUCCACGGCGCCCCACCAGCUGCAGUAACCCAGUGUCCUUAGAAAAGAUCUUUCCCCUGACAUUCAGCUCUGUAUUUACAUUCACUUCCUUUGCUGAUCCUUUUGCCAGCAAGGACUUUAUAUUCACUCAUGGCAAUUUUACAGGAUUCAAACCAACAACCUCUAAGAGCUCUCGCUGCCUGCCUUUUCAGUGGAUUUGUUUUAUAUACUGUAAAUGUAUCAACACCGGGAUGUUUUGCGGCUGCUGAAGGGAAAAACCCACAGAGUUCUUCUGAAAUAGGAACAGAGCUCAGUAUAAGUCAGUUUGAAAUGGGAACAUGCAGAUUACUUUCAAAACCUUAUGUUUCAGUAAUAUGUCUUUGGAAAAAAAUGACCAGGUUAUUGUAAUCUAUUUAACUAAAUAAAGGGUUUUUAACCAUUUCUGUAAGCUUCUGCAUGGCUGUUGGUCUAAUAUCCUUUGCAGUGUUAAAAGAGGAGCGUAUAGGUUAGUUAAUUUGUCAUUCUCAGUUUUUAAAAUGGAAUAAAAUUGCAAAGCCUACCUCUAAAUGGGACUGAUCUGCUGUUGUAUUUAUAUGAAUCUGACAAAAUACAUUUUCCAUAAUUAUGUAUUUAUUCAAGGAAUAAUUAAUCUAACCACAGUGAGUGAAUAAAACAUGUUUUGGUUACCCUAAAAACUUGGCUACCCAGAGAUGCUUAGAAUGUAAUGCCUUUUAUUUAUUUAUUAGCUAUAAUUCUCCUUUCCUCCUCUCCCUCAUGUGUUGCCCUUGUCUUGUUUACAGCCUCUAUACUUAAUGUAUAUAUACUGUACUGUGGUCCUGGGGAAUGUUAUUUAAUGCCAAUGUUUGACUGGCAGAUGUGGACCCUUCGCUGACCGAGGUAUCGUGGCAAUGGUGGCGAAGGACAAGAGGAGAUGGUUUCUCAUGAAGUUGCUGUUAAAAGUACUUCAAAGGUCCGGGCAAAACAACACAGAAUGGCCGAUAAACACGGGGAAGUUAUGUUAAGGACAGUAAAGCACAUGUGGUCACGAACUGUUGUGCAGAAUGUAUAACUAGUGUGGCCAAAGUCCAAACUAGUGCAGGAAAGCAGGCUUGAUAUCAAGGACAUCAGAAUAAAUGCUCAAACACUUUUGCUGAACUUGUAAGGCGUAGUCGUCGACUGGUAUACUAUAGUAUACUACUGUAUUGGACAUUCAGGAGGAGUCCAUUCACUUAGUUGGAAAUACGAAUUUUACUUGUGUUUCACUCAUCCUGUAUCCUGAAGCUUGAAUUAAAAGAUUUGUUUUUGUGGGGUCAA